AUGUCUUCUGCCUAUGAUCAAGGCAUCUCCACUGAGCCUUUUUCGACAGUGAAGAAUGAUGAGCCUCAAUUGAGCAAUAAUGCAUUGGCUGCGCUGAUGAAGCAGGUGGAGUUACUUAGACAGUCCAAUCUCCAGCUGAAGGCCGAGCUCAUUUCGGUCAAGGAGGAGGUGAAGGGCAAGGAUGAAACCAUACUCAGUUUGCAGAAAAGAGUGGAUGAUUUCGAAUACGAUAAACGAAAAAGCGAAGGACCUCAAUCAACCCCAACAAAUGUUGUUGCAGAAAACGAUGAAACGGUCAUUCACACUCCUGUGGCCAAGCUGAUAGACCCAUUGCAGACUCCGAACGAACAACAGUCCCAGUUACUUGCAGAAACUUCUCCUGUUCCAUCUGCUUUAGCAAGUAAGAGCACAGAGCGUGGCACAAGCGGAACCCCGGAAUCCAAAAGUCCGGAACCAGACAUUCCACCCAGAAGUGCAAUGAGAGGUGCUAGGAUGAGUCAGUACUCAAACGUGUCUUCUGUAUACGAAUCUGAGCCUUCUCUGAAGAGUCCAGUGAGAGGAGCAUCGCCGGUAGGCCAGUUGAAGUCGAAUGUUCUCAGUGUUCCGGAAGCCCAGGAAGUGAUUGUUCCUGAAGAUAUUGUGAUGGGAUCCAGCCCUAGAAGACUACAAUCACCAAGAAGAGCCCAGAACCAGGCGACACACAGAUCGGAGAUUCCUAAUCUAAGGGCUCCAGCCUCACCAUUGAAGCAAUCAUACACUUAUGGCAGUCCGGUAAUUGCAAGCACUGAGAAGGAAAAUGCUGACGAUGACGAUGAUGAGUUCGUCUUCACAAAUAGUGUCGACAAACAGGGUCUUGGUUUAGGCAGUCUGCCCAAGGGAUUACAUUCUCAGUCGAACCUGUCGAGUCCUAUAGUUCCAAGUGAUGUGAGCAGUUUCGUUGAUUACAUGGAUAAGAAGCUCUCGUUGAAUGACUACUCCCCUAGCAAGAUCCGUGCAGCUCCAAGUAUUUCGUCGCCUGCAGUUGAUUCAUUCCAAUCGCCCACACGGCCAUUGAAAAACGACGAGUUUUAUGUCCAUCGCCCGGUAUUGGCUGAUAAUGACUCUUUACACUCCAAUGAGCCUAACUCGCCAAACCUGAUGAGAGCUCCCACCUCGAACUCGAACGCGCAGUCCUCCAUCUCGAGUGGAUAUCCUAGUGCUUUUGAGUCUCGUGAAAGGAACAUUUCACGCCAAACUGUGCCGGUGCGUGAACAGCAAUACCAGAGCCAGGCGAGCAACAGCUCAUAUCCGACUACACCCAUAACUCCUCUCGUCCCCGUGACUCCUUCUAUGCCUAAGGAGAGGCCUUCGCCAGUCAGACCGCUGCUGGAUCCUGCGUCUUUACCCGAAACCAUGAUAACGGUAGUGAGUGUUCUAGACCCUACCAAUCCAACCAAGAAGACUGAAGAACCAUUGAUAACAUUGGGCGUGAAUUUCGCAGCUGAUGGAAGAACCAAACUGCUUUACGAUGUGAAAAAGACAUACUCUCAAUUGGUGUCUUUGGACCAGCUAGUCAGGUCAUUUUUUGCCUUACAACCCCCUCUUCCCGACAGAUCUCUAUUCUACAAGAACACUCUACAGUCGGUUGAAGAGAGAAGGCGACAGCUUACAGCCUACUUUAUGGAAGUCUGCUCCAGACAGGCAUAUCCCGAACAGUUCAGCCUGAUGUUUGCGGAAUUCUUCUCGGCAGACAGCAAUAUGAUGGUUGACCCAGAGGCAAAGGAAGGAUUAUUGAUGAAAAAGAUAAACGUCAGGUUCACGUCGCAAUGGAAAGUAGUUCAUUGUUCUCUUAGGGAUGCAACACUCACUAUAACCGAAGGUAUUUUGCCAAAUGUCACUCAGAAGCGCAUUCCUAUUGGUGAGUGUUCCAUCGAAAUGGAGGAUGAAAUGCCUCAGGUGUUUACCAUCACCGAUGGUAAGAAGAAGAAGACGAUUCUGUUUGCAGAGACAUUUGACGACUCAAGGGACUGGGUCAAUGCUUUGAACCAACUACGUGGUCACACGAUCAGGAAACCACCAAGUUUCAAAGACAACGUUUCCAUUCGCAGUGGGGUGAUCCCCGGGUCGUCAAGCUCGGACUUUGGGUCCGAGACAGUGAUCUCGAACGAGCAACCUCCUACACCUAAACAGAGAAAAAUGGGAAAUCUGUUCAAGAAGGCAACCAAGGGUCAACCUCAGCAGCUUGGAAAUAGCUCCUCUUCCAUAACCAGGGAGGAUGCACUUCAAGAAAUGGACCAGCCUGAAUUUAAAGCAUUUUCACCUUAUCAAAGCGUGACAACCAUAAUUCAGAAUCCGAUCAAGACUCCUUCCAUGAUGCAACAGACACCUGAGACGAUUGGACAAUUUACCCCGGUAUCUGAAAAGACGAUAUUCGGAACGACAAUAGACGAGGCGAUAGCGCUUUCGUCUGCGGAAUACCAAGGCUGUGUGAUUCCUUCGAUUGUGUACAGAUGUCUCGACUUCCUUAUCAGGGAAAAUGCUGUUAGACAAGAAGGCAUCUUUCGCCUGACUGGUCUAUCAUUGGAGAUCAAGAGCUUACAGAAGAGAUUCGACGAGAACUACGACUGCGAUUUCUACUCGCUUGCAGAGAAGCCAGACGUUCAUUCCAUUUCGACCUUGUUGAAGAGGUAUUUGCGUACGCUUUCACAACCUCUUAUUCCAAUGGAGAUGAGCGAAGGUUUCAACAAUCUCUUGAAGCUACAGGAAACAGACAUCCAAAAGACGGCUCAUGGGUUCCAGCUGCUACUGGGAAGCCUCUCACGCGAAGUCCGCGAUGUUCUUCGCGUGUUCCUCAAGUUUUUGAAGUUAGUGAUGGACAAUAGCGAUUUGAACCGGAUGGGAGCCAAGAACCUCUCUAUCAUGAUGUCGCCUAACAUUGGGUGUGACCAGGACGCAGUCAUGGAGCUGCUUAUCGAUUACGACUACCUCUUUGAAUCCGGUCAGGUGACUCCGCUUGAUCAGAGGACAUACCGCCUAUGA